AAAAGGAUAAUGCAAGCCGAGGUUUUGUCUGUUGUUGUGAAAAGAGUGAACAUAACAAAAACAAUUAAUUAUGGACAGAAGUAUAUAACUGAUCUCAAAUAUGUAAAUAAAGGAAGGAUUAUUGUUUCUGUGGAAAACACAAACGGCAUCGAUCCUUCUUGCAUAUUAAGAGAUGAUUCCAUUCCUUUUCUCUCUACCCAUUGAUCCUGUUUGUGUUAUACAAAUGACGAGUUUGGUGAAGGAUUCAUUUUUUGGAAUAUAAUUGAGAGAUCAUUGAUUGAAUGUAGAAUAGAAAAUCGUAGCUAUAUAAGAUAUCCUUUGCCAGGUGAAACAUAUGCCUUUGAUAAAUUCCACAGUUUUUGGUUAUUGCCAGAUGACCUAACUGGUGGAUACACACCAAAUGGAUUAGCAAUGUGCAAAUUGGGAGCCAUUUUGGUUUGUCUGUGGAACAAUCAGGUACAUGACCGUUCUAUAGGUAAAGUACUAAAGUUAUCUCAUACUGGAAUAAGAGUGUUUGAAAUAAAAACCGACAAAAAUCGUCCACUUUUUAUCUGCCCAACUUACUUAACAGAAAACGGCAAUGAAGACAUAUACGUUUCUGAUGUGAAUGCUGUCGUCGUUACGGACACCAGGGGUUUUCUCAGAUUCCGGUACACAGGAGCACAAAGCGAUCCCCAGUUUGAUCCCUACGGCAUCUGUUGUGAUUCCAAGAACAACAUCAUUGUAGCGGACAUGGUGAAAAAUAGAAUUCAUAUGAUUGACCAGAACGGCGAGCUGCUUCACUACAUUCAGUAUAAAGACAUGCACAUGCCACGUGCUCUCUGUAUAAAUAAGCAUGAUAUCCUGUAUGUUGGAGAAUGGAUGUCUGAAGAAAUUAAAGUACUUUCACUUCUGAGCCAAUGACUGAAGGUUUUUCAACCCUCGAAAUUAUUAUGGUUCAAAGUACAAAAACUGCAUUAAUUUUCAUGUAUCAUAGUUUUAAUUUACUAAUUAUCGCAAAAAGUUAUAGGUCGCCGUAAAAUUCAAGAUAUUAAAAAUAAAUAAACAGAAGUGUAUGUCUAAAUGAAAAAAAAAGUUAUUUUUGUUUUUAAAGUAUUGUAAAUAUUAUGAAAAAAACUGGUUCAAUUGCAUAAUUCGGAUACUAAGAGUUCCAAAACUUUUGCUAAUCAGAAGAUAAU